UAGUACUCUCAGUCCUUCCCCAUUUCAUCACAAGUCCAUUUACCAAAUGCAUCCUUCUUCUUCAUCCACAAUGAAUUUCAUGGGUUUUUUCUUUCAUCCCAUCAAUCUUGCUGGUAUUGCUUUAGCGGUAAUUCUAUCAAUUAGCAUAAUUAAAAUCUUUGCAGGAAGAUUGGCAGAGAAGAAAAGGAGGUAUCAUCCGAUUGCAGGCACUGUCCUUCAUCAGCUUGCUAACUACCCGAGUCUGCACCACUACAUGACAGACCUUGCUGGCAAACAUAGAACUUACAGAUUACUCAGCUUUCUCAGGAGCGAGGUUUACACUGCAGAUCCCAUAAAUGUUGAAUACAUCCUCAAAACAAACUUUCCAAACUAUGGCAGGGGGUGGUACCAUCAUACAGUUUUGGAAGAUCUUUUAGGAGAUGGGAUCUUCACUGUGGAUGGAGAUUUGUGGAGGCAGCAGAGGAAGCUGUCAAGCUAUGAGUUCACCAAAAUGCUGAAGGACUUCAGCUGUGGAAUCUUUGGAAGUAAUGCAGCAAAGCUUGCUGGGGUCAUAUCUGAAGCUGCAGCCUCAAAUCAAUCCAUGGAGAUCCAGGGCCUAUUCAUGAAGUCGAUGAUGGACUCGGUCUUCAAGGUUGUUCUGGGUGUGGAACUGGACAGCAUAUGUGGAACAAAUCAAGAAGGUACCCAGUUUUCAAACUCUUUUGAUGAAGCAAAUGAAUUGACCUUUUAUCGCUACGUGGAUCUCUUUUGGAAGGCCAAGCGGUUCUUGAAUGUUGGCUCGGAGGCAAAACUGAGGAAUAGCAUCAAAGUUGUUGACCAAUAUGUGAAUAAAGUGAUUCAAAGCAAGAUUGAAGAAAUUCACAAGUUGCAAGAAGUAUCAGUACCUAUUAAUGAUGAAUGGCAGAUGAAAAAAGGAGAUGUUUUAUCGAGGUUUCUGGAAUUGAGGAAGACAGAUCCCAAGUACCUAAAAGACAUAAUCCUCAGUUUCAUAAUUGCUGGCAAAGACACCACAGCUCUUACUCUUUCCUGGUUCCUUUACAUGCUCUGCAAGCAUCCUCCCAUACAGGAAAAGAUUGCCCAGGAAGUGAAGGAAGCAACAAAAGCCAGAGAUGCUUCCACCUUGGAUGAGCUUGCAGCCAGCAUAACUGAAGAAUCCCUUGACAAGAUGCAGUAUCUCCAUGCAGCCCUAACCGAGACUCUAAGACUCUAUCCCCCGGUUCCAGUGGAUGGAAAGCUCUGCCUCUCUGAUGAUACCUGGCCAGAUGCAUUCAGUGUGAGGAAAGGGGAUAUUGUGGCAUACCAACCUUAUGCCAUGGGCAGGAUGGCAUUCUUGUGGGGCACUGAUGCAGAGGAUUUUCGACCGGAAAGAUGGUUAGAUGAGAAUGGCAUUUUUUGCCCUGAAAGCCCAUUUAAGUUCACAGCCUUUCAGGCUGGUCCAAGAGUUUGUCUAGGAAAGGACUUUGCUUAUAGGCAGAUGAAGAUCUUUGCAGCUAUCCUUUUAAGCAGCUUUAUAUUCAAGCUGAGUGAUGAAAACAAGGCUGUCAAUUACAAGACCAUGAUUAAUCUGCAUAUUGAUGGGGGCCUCGAUGUUCAUGCCUCCCACAGAUUGGGGCAUGGAAAGCUUCUAGUUGCGUAAAAAUCUCUAUGGAAGUUGAAGAAAUAGAUAUAUGUUUGAUUUAAUUAAAUUUAAAAUCAUUUGAAUUGAUUAUAUCUCAUGCAUUUGAUGUUGACAGGGUGAGAUGAUGGUUUAAUAGAAUAUACAGUACUUUGAUAA